AUGGAGCUGCUUCGCACGCGGGACGAGGCCGAGCAGCGCGAGGCCAGUCGGCCCGACGACGCGCCGAUGCUGACGCCACACAGCGCCACGCUGUCGCGUCAUCUCGUGUGGGUGCGUCGCCUGCUGAGGGAGUACCUCGCAGAGCUGGCGGAGGACGGCCUGUCGGUGCCGAUGCAGCGCACUUCCCGCGGCCUUCACCCGACCAUGCGGUGGACGGUCGAGUUCGGCAAGUGGCUGGCCACGACGCGGAUCGUCGAGUCGAGGGCGUCUAGCUGGCACCUGGCCGAGGAGCAGUCGGCGGGACAGGCGGAGGCGACGGCGCGCAGCGGCCGGGGCUCGAACACGGUGUACGUCGCACUGCAGCACAUGAAGAACCACGUCUGGCGCGAGCUGUGGCCCGCGAUGCCGGCCGAUGCGAGGCAGUACUGGCACUGGGUGACGCGGCGCGUGAUGGGGAUCUUCGACGGCGGCGGCGGCGGGUUGCGACAGGCGAGCGUCGCGCGAGGCGAGGGCGUGGAGCAGCAGCAGGCGGCGAGCGCGAAGGCGAGCGCGGACGCGACCCGGCAGGUGGAAGCGGAGCUGCGCGCGGGGACGACCCGCCCGUGCACGAAGCAGCACCUGUUCCAGGCGGGGGAGUACCUGCUGCAGGACGCGCACCUCUCCGAGCCAUUCGAGGUGAACGUGGCCUUCAUCAUGAGCGCGUACCGGCGAUUCAUGUUCUGCACCUUCGCGAGCAUCCUCGCCGCGGCGACCGCGCGCCAGAGCGUCUCAAGCCCAACAGUCCGCGUCGGCGGCCCUCCUCCUCCUCCUUGCAUGCAAGUCGGCGGCGGGUGGCGAGCGAACGCCGGAGUCGCGGACACUUCUCGAGUCCCAACCAAGGAUUCUGUCAAGACCGAGGCGCCGCCGGAUGCGGCGUCCGCCCCUCUCACGAUUCUUGAGGCGUCCAUCGGCCUCCGCGCCCCGAUCGGCCCGCCAACGACCAAGCCGGCGGACGGCGAGCGAGCGGCUGCGCCCCAGCACCUCCUCUUCCUCCAGAGCGACCGGGCCGUCGAUGCACGCCUGACGGCCGCGCUGGGGCAAUUUGCGUGUCCCGCAGAGCUCCGCUCGACCCGGAUCUCCGACUCGAACGCGGUCGAGUCCGAUCUCUUCUCCGUCUCAAGCGGGUGCGCCGACUGGCAGCGCGCCUGCGCCUCCUUUGCCCGCGCGAACUCCUCGCUGCUCGAGGUGCGCACCCGCCACCCCGCCACGGCGGAACGGCGAUUUUCGCUCGAGUCCGAGGAGCCACCAGGCUGCUGGGCCGCCUCUGGCAAGGCCCAGGCGUCGCUGCCCAUCCCGGCCCGGUUGUCCGAGACUGAGGCGGUGCCCAUGCCUCUGCCGGUUCCGCCAAAGACCGAGGUGGCGGAGGAUCAGCGCAGCGAGGCGUCGCUGGAGGAGCUGGCGCGGCCCGCGGAGGUCUGCGCCACUCAGAUCGCCGACUCGAAGACGGUUGAGUCGACCGAUCUCUUCUCCAUUUCAAGUGACCUCGCCGGCUCGCGGCCACGCUGCGCCUCCUGCAUCUGUGCCGACUCCUUCACGCUCGAGGUCGAGCAGGGCGAGGAGGAGGGGGCGGACCAGGCGAUCCGAGCACCGCAUCGCCAGCCCGCCGAAAUCUUCACCGCCGAGGCGGACACGGCUUGCAGCUCUCUUUGGCCCCUCCUCAUGGGUGCCCUCGUGGGGUGCUUGGGCGUCUCUGUCGUGGCGCUGAAGUGGAGAGGCUCCUCGGCCAGCAAGACUGGCCCUAGUAAGCCGCUGGCCCUCAAGACGUCUCGGCCCUCAAGACAUUUGGUGCUCACGUUCGCGUGGUUCUUGCUUCUGCUCGCCUCCUCUGCCGUUUGCGCCACCCCACUGCACGAGGCGGCUCAGCGAGACGACGCCGCCGCCUUGAAGAGGCUUCUCGCGGAAAGCGAAGACGUGGACGUGCUCGACGCACGAGGCUUGACUCCGCUGCACGUCGCCGCCGUGCGAGGGCGCGCAGCAGCUGCGCGACUGCUCUGGAACCACGUUGUUCCUGGGUCAUCCCCGGGUCACGGUAUGUUCUGCACGGGAGAUGGCGAAGACUAUUGCACGCCUGAUCAUUACGGUGUGCAGCAUUGUGAGGCCCUGGCUGAAUGGCUCUACGAAGAGCCUCCACGUCGCGGGGACCGUAAAGAGUGCUGUUCGUUCCUAACUCCGAAAAAGGCCAAAGGGGAGCGGAGAUGGAUAUGCGAAGCAGAUCACAUCACCAGUUCGAAGAUCAUCGCAGGCCAGAAGGCGCGCGGCACACCAGCAGUCCCGGCCGUUUUCGGCAUCGCUACGGUUAUGGGCGUAGCAGCAGCUGCAGUUGGAUUUCUCCACAAAUAUCUUCCCGGUAAGGAGACCCUCGUCAAGAGUCGCAGCGGCGAAAUGCUAGUGUAG